AUGGGAAAAUCCAAUAGUAAACUUAAUGCUAAUGAACUCAAUGAGCUUCGGAAUUGCACUUAUUUUAAAACAAAUGAACUUCAAGAAUGGUACAAAGGAUUUCUCAAGGAUUGCCCCAAGGGUGAACUUAGCAAAGGUGAAUUUCAAAAAAUCUAUAAACAAUUCUUUCCACAUGGUGAUCCUUCAAAAUUUGCAGAUUAUGUUUUUGAUGUAUUUGAUCAAAAUAAAAAUGGAAAGGUUGAUUUCAAAGAAUUUAUAUGUGCACUAUCAGUGACUUCAAGAGGAGCAUUGGAUGAAAAAUUAUCAUGGGCAUUCCAAUUGUAUGAUCUUGAUAGUGAUGGAUUUAUAACAUAUGAAGAAAUGUUAAAAAUUGUUGAGGCUAUUUAUAAAAUGGUUGGGAGUAUGGUAAAAUUACCAGCUGAUGAAGAUACACCUGAGAAACGUGUAAAUAAAAUAUUUAAUACAAUGGAUAAGAAUAAAGAUGGUAAAUUAAGUAUAGAUGAGUUUAAAGAAGAUCAUCAUGAGUGA